UAUUUGCUCACUUUAUGGCCUCCCAUCUUAACACAAAACCUCUUCAAUACCAAAUAUUUUGCUAAAUCCUGCGUAUAUAAAUGAUGGAAAUGCAUCUUGUCAUUGCUUUGCUCGUCUUUGCGUGUGGAAAUAGUGAUGAUAACGUUCUACAGUGAUUAGAAGAUUUCGUCGGAAAUUUAGUGAUAACCCCUGGUUGGCCAAAGCCAUCGAUUUUACAUUGCAACAUUCUUCAGUUCGGUUUCACUCUAAAGUUCGGACAUUCGGCUGGUGAACAUGGUGGUGAAAAAUGUGAAUAUUUUCCAGGAAACUGGCACACAAAUUUUGGCAUCAGUUACAGGUACUUUGGUGGCGGCCUCAGAUGGCAUGUCUUUUGGCUGGACCUCACCCAUGGUUCCUUAUCUUCUGAGUGAAGAAUCUCAUAUACGGACGACAGUUUCUCAGGCAGAAUGGUUGGAAACAAUAACUCUCAUAGGAGCAUUCUGCGGCCUCCCUUUCACCAUCUAUUUCGUGGACAAAAUUGGACGAAAAAAGUCGCUUCUUUUGGCCGCCGUUGUGGUUUUACUCAACUGGAUCGCCAUAGGAUUAGCGAAUAGAAUAGAAUAUAUUUUCGUCGCCAGAUUUUUUUCGGGAAUGGCAGGCGAUAUGUCGUUCGUAGCAGCCCCAAUGUAUAUAGCGGAAAUAGCAGAUUCGAAAGUUCGCGGAUUUCUUUCAUCGAUCAUUUACAUAAUGAUGCUGAUCGGGCUGCUUUUGGUUUACUGUCUGGGACCUUUUGCGCCCUUCUAUUCCAUCCCCAUGGUUGGCUGCUUUCUCGCAGCCACUCAACUGUUGGUCUUCACGUUUCAACCUGAAUCUCCGUAUUAUUUAAUUUAUAAAAAUAGACCUUUAGAAGCGAAAGAAUCAUUGAAAAGACUGAGAAAUAAAGACGCCGAUCUGGACCUGGAAAUAGACAGCAUUUCCAACGGAAUAGAAAGGCAAAAGACUGAACAGGGCCGUCCCCAGGAUCUACUUCUAGUUCCCAGCAACCGAAAAGCUAUCCUAAUUAUGACUGUUUUGAAUGCUGGUCAACAUCUUUCAUGUAUCAGCGUGAUGUACAUGAAUCUACACCCCAUCCUUAAUGCGGCUGGUUCCAUCUACUUAGACAACAACAUUACAGCGAUAGUAUUUGCCAUUAUCAUGCUGUUGGCCUCAAUUUUUGCGUCUUGUACCAUCGAUAAGUUCGGCAGGAAAAUCAUCCUCGUCGUCUCCAGUCUACUGAGCGGGUUCUGUUUGCUCGCCCUAUCAGUCUACUUCCAUUUGCAGGCGAUCGGCUUUGAUGUUUCCGCAGUUUCCUGGGUCCCAAUCGCUUCAGUCCUGGUCUAUGCUGGAGCCUUCAAAUACGGCCUGGGACUAGUUCCCAUUGUGAUAACCGCAGAAAUUUUCCCUGCUAAAAUGAAAGCCAUCGGAAUGACUGUGGCCGAUGUAAUGUUCGUUAUGGGCGGCAUAUUGUCGAUCCAGCUCUACCAAGUGCUGCAUAAACUGGGCAUGUUUGUGCCCUUUUACCUGUUCACGGUCAGCGCCUUUUUGGUUGCUCUGUAUUCGGGAUUUUGCAUCCCCGAAACUAAAGGGAAAAGUCUGGAGCAGAUUCAGCUGAUGCUGAAAGGCGACAACAUUUCAAAUAAGCCUGAGAAGAAUGGAGUUUGAGUUGGAUGUUUGAUCUGCGUGUUUUUGGCGGCUGAACUGGAGCAAGAGUUUUGCCCCAAACUGUCGCUGAGUUGUACAUUUUGUAUGUUCUGCUGUCUCAAAUAUAUUUGUAUUUUUUUAUGCUAAA